CAACAACCCACAAGCCAAGCCUUCACAUAUUCCAAACAAGGGCAACUUAACAUGUCCUGCCCAACAGUUGGCGCCACCACCCACAUAACAAAUGGGGUUACCUCUGUUGACUGCCAGAAACAAGUUCGGUCAUGGCGGCUUCUUCGUUCCCUUAUGGAACUCCUCAUCCCAAGUUGCUACUGCGCCUUCAUCGACAAACACCAUGAAAUCAAACACCAAAAUUACCUUCACAGAUAUUAUCAACCUCCUGUCUGUACCUCUUCUGGUGUUAUUACAGGUACCAUCUUUGGUUACCGCAGGGGAAAAGCCAGCUUUUGUAUCCAGCAAAACACCAAGUCCAACAACCCAAUUCUCCUCCUAGAAUUUGCGGUACCUACAGCAGUUUUGGCAAGGGAAAUGCAAGGUGGUAUCCUCCGAAUUGCUCUGGACUGCACCAGCAAAGGGAAUAGUAGUGGAAAUCCUGACUCGGUUCUGUCAAUGCCAUUGUGGACUAUGUACUGUAAUGGAAAGAAAGUUGGGUAUGCAGUUAAGCGGAAGCCAUCGAAAGCUGAUAUGGAUGCUUUAAGGCUAAUGAAUUCAGUUGUUGUUGGCACGGGAUUGAUCAGUGGAAAGGAGCUUGAUCAUCAUGACGAUGAACUAAUGUACCUGAGGGCUAACUUUGAAAACCUUCGUACUUCUCCUGAUUCUGAAUCUUUCCAUUUGAUUGAUCCCGACGGAAACAUUGGUCAAGAGCUUAGCAUUUUCUUUUACCGGUCAAGGUGACCUUUAGACCAGUUUUUAGCUUGGCCCCUAUAGUUUUUUGAGCUAUGUUCAUUAGCGUGGCUUUACAACCCUUUGUAUUUGAUAAACAAUCUCUAUGUUUUUAGGGGACUAUGAAGCUCUGUUAUUUCUUUUUGCAUUACUACGAAAUAACUAAUUUGGUAUAA